AUGUCUGACGCCCAGAAGCCUGUUGAGGAGACCCCCGCGGCUGCUCCUGCUGAGACUCCUGCGGCCGAGCCUGCUGCUGCGGACGCUCCUGCCGCCGAAGCUCCCAAGGAGACUCCCGCGGAGACCAGCGAGCCCGCGGCCGAGUCUGCGGCUGCCCCUGCCGAAACCACGGAAGCCGCUGCGGAGCCGGCCAAGGAGGAGGCCGCCAAGGAGAACAAGGAGGUCACUCCGGCUACUGAUGGAGUGCUCGGUUACAAGGCGCCUGGUCUCGUGAAGAGCCUGCGCUUCUCCAAGCGCUAUUUCUACUUCAGCGACGAGGCCGUCGAGGCCAAGAACCUGUCCGCCGCCGCUGCCGCUCCCUCCACUGCCGCCUGGGCCACCCAGACCGGCAAGGGCCUGCUUUUCUUCGCCAAGCGUGCUGAGGACAAGGCUACUCCCGCUGGCAUCUUCAAUCUGUCUGAGGUCACCGAUGUGACCAAGGAGGGCUCCAACGAGUUCUCUUUCAAGGUUAACGGCCAGAAGCACGCCUUCCAGGCCAGCAACACCACCGAGCGCGACAGCUGGCUGGCCGCUAUCGAGGCCAAGACCGCGGAGGCCAACGCUGAGAAGGAAACCGUGACCGCCAGCGAGGCCUACAAGGCUGAGCUCGAGAAGUUCAGCAAGCCUGCCGAGAAGAAGGCUGAGAAGGCCAAGGAGCCUGCUAAGGACGAGUCCGCCCCGGCUGCCGAGGACAAGGCCAACGCCAAGAGCCGCUCUCAGUCUCGCAAGCGUGCCAGCAUCUUCGGUACCAUCCUUGGAAAGAAGGAUGCUGAGGAGAAGAAGGAGGCGAAGGAGGAGGCCCCCAAGGAGGAGCCCGCCGCGGAGGCCAAGACUGAGGAGGCUGCUGCUGCUGCUGAGCCUGCUGCUGCUGCUGAGACCAACGCUGAGGCCUCUGGCGCCGCCACCGAGGCCCCUGCUGCUGAGGCGACUGAAGACAAGAAGGAAGAAAAGAAGGAGGAGGACAAGAAGGAGGAGAAGAAG